AUGUCGCUGGGUGGGGCAUGCACGCAAAGCACGCGCCCAGAGAAUCUGGAGGAGUCUGCGCUCGAUAGUCAAUGGCAAGAGAUGGAGCAGAAACAUUACAGUCUCAUGAACAUGAAGCUUGGAAAGGCAGCAGCCAAAAAAAGCAACCGCGACAACAAAGGAAUUGGAAACUAUGAGGAACAAGGCCUGAAGGUGCAGCCACAGGAAGCAGCAGGCGUAGAGCUUCCUUGGGACGACGCGCGGCAGCUGGUAGAAGCAAUCGUACUGUCUCGAGUUGACACACCAGAUGAUGCAGUAAAGGUGCUCGGACAGAGUUGGGUGCCAACUUGGGACGGCUGGAAAGAAUUGCGCCAAUGUGCGACAGAGCGCUGCUGUGUUGCAAUCGCGGAGCGACUGUGCGACAUCGCCCAGCAAAAUGCCCCUUACCAAAGCAAGACCGACACCCAAGCAUUGCAGGCUUUGGCGUCCGAAGGGUUCAUGUGGCGGAAAGCGCUGUCACACGGCGUGAAUAACUGCUUGAUCGAUUCCCUGAUGUUGUGCCUGUCGUAUGAACACAUUUUGCCUAAUAACUUAACAACAGAUGUCACAGCAAGGCGACGCGUUGCAGCUGCAUGCAGAAAGCAUUUGAUUCAAGAGAUUGGGGACGAAGUGGCUCCAGGCAGCAAUGGGCUUUUCCCGUUCCUGGAUGCGCAUCGGGAUGGCCCCAGAAUUGUAGACUUUUUGUUCCAUUGGUUUCGCGUUGUUGCGCGCACGAAUAUGCUAAUUCAUGUGCAUGACAGAUUUGGUGAGCAGGCUGCAGGUGCAGACUGGAAUAAAAUUGCAGUGAACCUUGGCCAUAGGUACCCACAACAGACUGUUUUGCAGCUACACAUUUAUAACCACACUUCUGUUCGGGGUAGAGGGUAUCAUUUUGAUAGCUUGCUCCCGAUCACUGGGCGUGAAGCCGAAUCAAAGAAAAAGAGAAGCCGUACCGUAGCGGCCACCAACGCAAUGAAGAUAGAAGCAGAGUCCGUUCUGACAGGAGCGGAACUCAAUGAUUUGCAGCGAGAGCCGCAGAGAAACGGUGGCACACCUGAGAAGCCGAGUUGUAACAAGGAGGCAGCAGAGCAGCAAGCAGAUCAAAGAGCAGAAGCCGUAUUUGCAAAGAUGGCGUGGUACUUUCAUGGCACGACUUUCGCGACAUCCUGGCUUGAUGCGCUGCUGGCAAAUCUGAUUUUUCAUGGAUAUAUGUUACAGUUUCCAGAUUUGCUUGCGCGUCAGGAUGCACGCUUUCACCUAUGUAGAACAUGCCAGGCAAGUUUAGAACCGGAGCAACUAGAGAGCGACAAAGCCUUCGACUUACAGCAUCAUCUCGCGAAGGCAAUUUUGUUUUUCACAAGUAGGAGCCGAGAUGAGGUGAAUGCUGAGGUACAUGUGUACGAUUCAACUACCACUGACCUCAGUGUACCGCAUGAAGUUUAUACCAUCGGUCGACUUGACAGCUUGCUGGUGCCAGUCUUCCGCCUCUAUCGCUACAAAAAUGGCCGUUACGCUGCCUUGUUGCCUGCUAACCCAGCAGAACGGCCUGUGUUCACAAGUGGCGACUUGCAUAAAGCAGCCCAAGGUAGCAAACAAAACGACAUGAAUGCAACGUGCACUGUAGCGCCAUCGACAAAUUCGUUUGGAACAAGUGGCUGCGCUGCCGGCAUAGGCAACGCAGCAAGAUGCAAGUGCAAGCCCACUGCGCAAAACAGAGAUGAAUGUGCCUCCUCGCCGUGUGCGCCACAAAGCACCGCCGGUCGGAUCAACAACAGCACCACCAUCCGGAACUGGUUCGCUGCAAGGUUCAAAUUGAUGGUGGGCUUCUUCCAACCAGCUCAGCUUCCAACCCUCACGGCUGAAGAUAUGGCCUCUGAGCAGAAGAACGACGAGCGGAGGAAACAGAGGAAAUAUGCCAUGGAAGCCUUGGACCAGGGCUGGGCCUUAAAAAAUGGACAGCAGCCCACUACUGGGAUGUUCACUUGUGGCAAGUGCAAAGGCAACAAGACCACGUACUUCCAGAUGCAAACAAGGUCUUCAGAUGAACCCAUGACCACCUUUGUGACCUGCCUGACCUGCAGCAACCGAUGGAAGUUCUGUUGAGCGCCUGGCGGUGCCUGGCGGUGCCGUGAUGGUGAAAUCAUACGUUACUCCGUAACUGUUACUGGAGAUUGGGAU